UGUCUUCUAGGGUUAGUCUCUGCCUCAAUUAAGACGUGGCCAUGGGGAGAAGUAUGCACACUUAGCACCUUUUACUUCCGUUAAAUUUUGAUUUAUCGUUUGCUUUAUUGAAGAAUUCAUGCUUCUUUCAAUUUAAUCUAUCUUAGUUAGCUUGUUGCUUCAGAAUUUGGAUUUUUCUUUUUUAUUAUUUUUAAUUUUGUCAGGAAAUGAAUGUAAAUUUAAGUUUUGUUUGAAAUAAGUUUGAAAUGGAUGAUUUGAUUAGAACACUGGUUUGUUAUUUUGUUUCAAAUUACUCUUCUCGUGUUUGCUGUUGUGUAUGUUUCUUGUAAUUUAUAGACAUGGAUAUGGUAAUCAUGAAUUGUUAUGGUGUUUUGAUUUAGGACCUGCAAGGUGUUAUAGACAAAUUAAGAACAAGCCAUACCCCAAGUCGCGGUUCUGCCGUGGUGUUCCUGAUUCCAAAAUCAGGAUUUAUGAUGUUGGUAUGAAGAAGAAAGGUGUUGAUGAGUUUCCUUUCUGUGUCCAUCUGGUUAGUUGGGAGAAGGAAAAUGUUUCCAGUGAGGCUCUGGAAGCUGCCAGAAUUGCUUGCAACAAAUAUAUGGCAAAAUUUGCUGGAAAGGAUGCUUUCCAUUUGAGAGUCAGGGUGCAUCCAUUCCAUGUUCUUAGGAUCAACAAGAUGCUUUCGUGUGCUGGAGCUGAUAGGCUUCAGACUGGGAUGAGAGGUGCAUUUGGAAAGCCACAGGGUACUUGUGCUAGAGUUGCUAUUGGGCAGGUCCUCCUUUCCGUCCGCUGCAAGGACAGCAACAGCCAUCAUGCACAAGAGGCCCUCCGUCGUGCUAAGUUUAAGUUCCCUGGACGUCAAAAGAUUAUAGUUAGCAGGAAGUGGGGAUUCACCAAGUUUAGCCGUACUGAUUACCUGAAGUUCAAGUCAGAGAACAGGAUCAUGCCCGAUGGUGUGAAUGCAAAGCUUCUUGGUUGCCAUGGACCAUUGGCUAAUCGCCAACCUGGAAGAGCCUUUUUGCCUACCAGUGCUACUGCAUAGGCUGUUUGUUACUCAGGAAUAUUAGACUUUGGAUUAUAUUAGUUUUGCAACAGUCAGUUGGAGUUUGUUAUUUUGUCUACACAUUAUAUUAAACUAAGUUCUGUAAUUUUUGUUUUUGGAACCACCUUGAAUUGAUAAUAUUAAUGUUAUAUUUUGUUAUGAUCCACACUCUAUUACUUCUCUUUAGUAUUUGAUAUUCAGUUGUUGGUCACCAAAUAUUGGGUCAUGGUACCUAGUAUUGUUUUAUUAACAAG